UCUGUGGCAGGUUCCUCCUCGGCCGUCUCCACCGGUUCUUCAGUGCGCGUCCCACCAUCCCGACUCGGUGUUGCAACCAGUUUCUUUCCCGUAUCAUCAACCGGAAAUGGCUCGGACUCAACGUCAGGCACAUGAUAUACUGAAAUUUAAAGAAUUACCCAACGACUUCUUUUCACUUAUUCGAGUACCUCUCUUCGGCUUCCGUGGUUCUUCCUCCUCAAUUGGAAUGAGCUUACACCGCUUAUUCCAGAAGCCUUUAGCGCGCGUAAGUAUUUCACACACGUCCUCGGCUGCGGUCGAGAUCAGCUUCAGUGGAGGGGCAUCCCGUUCGAGCUUGAGUACCACAUUUUUCUUUUCAGUGAUACUCUGUCGGAUAGCCUGUAAAUUAAAGGAUUGA